GUCAGCGCCCAUGUCAAAUGAAGCCGCCACAGAAAAUACGAAAUCUACCAACCUACAGGCCCCCAAAAAGCCUUGUCGAACUUGUACGGACUUCAAAACAUGGGCUAGAAUGCAGAGAAACAAAAGUGAUGGAGACUUAUUGAUUGAAAAUUCGAAAGAGGCCCCAAAGGAAAAGCCAGCAGCCCCAAAUAUACCACACGUUGAAGACAGACCACCGGCUGGAUGUCCCCUAGAUAGAGAAGAACUCGGGAGGAACACUUGGUCCUUUCUUCACACAAUGGCUGCAUAUUAUCCAGAUCAACCGUCAUCUAAUCAGCAGAAUGAAAUGAAGCAGUUCAUCUCGCUCUUCUCAAAAUUCUUCCCUUGUGAUGAGUGUGCACAAGAUUUUAGAGAAAGUAUAAAGACGUCUCCUCCUGUCACAAAAACCAGAUAUGAUCUCUCACAGUGGAUGUGUCAGGCUCAUAAUCGGGUCAAUAAAAGAAUAGGAAAGCCUAUAUUUGACUGCAGUCGUGUUGACGAGCGGUGGAGAGAUGGUUGGAAAGAUGGAAGCUGUGACUGAACUGCUGCUUUGUUACGAACUCAGGUCUUUGGAAAACGUUUUAGAAUAGAUGGUUAAAAGGUUUUGAAAGUUGAAAUGUGGAUCCAUUACUUAACUAUGCAAGUACGGUAAAACCUCGAUGUCCUGAUGAGAGAGGUCGGACUGUACGGAAAGGAGUAAGACAGCGUGGAAUUCAGUGCUUAUGGAAAGGGCGUCUAGGCAACAGGUGUUGGCUCAGCAAGGCCCCACUGUGUGUGCAUUGAACUAUGCAUAACGUAUUACUGACUUUGUAGUGUAUUGACCCCAGAAUGUGCUGUCUGUGAUUUUAUGUUUAGAGUUUAUCAAGGUUGAAGCCGAGGAAAGUGAGACUGAUAGUCUUUCAAAUAUCUGUGAUACAAACUGCUGUAAAUAGUGACAGUGCAUGUCGAUGAAAAUGUCUUGGUCUGAAGACCCUCGACCUUCCACUCUCUUCCUCCCUGAGAAUGGAAGGCUGGUACAUGGAAAAUCAGUUCCCCAGUUGACUGAGAAUCUUAUUUUACUCUUAAUGCGUAUUCAAGACAGGCCUUCCAAGUUACCAAGACACCUGCCCUGAAAAGUGCCUGGAAAAAUGUGACAAGAAUGUCAUUACCAGAUGAACACAACGUUAGUUUGCUGAAGACUCGCACAACACAGAUUUUCCAUCAUUACUGAAAAACAUCCUCCUUUGCGAGGACCGGUCAGCUCAUCAAGUAGGAAGGCCUGUCUGAUUUUCGGCAAGCUAUUGAAUUGAUUCUCCAGUUAACCUGCAUAUGAAUAUCAAACACCCGCCUGAUAUGAAGAACUUUAGAGACAACACAAGACAGAUUAAUUGUAUCAAAGCAAAAACCCAUUACUUCAAAGUAAUUUGAAGUUGAAGUAAGAAGUUUUUGUUCAAAGGGAUCCAUGAACUGGUUUUUCA